CGCACGCGCUGAGUUAAUCAAACAGAGAGAAAGAGAGAGAGCCAAACUCCGAGUGUAAAGAAAAAUCUCAGGAAUAAUCCGAUUUUUAAUUAAAAUGCCGGCGACCUUCAGCUCAAAGAGCACCAGACCUCCGAUUCAAGACCAAAUCUCAGAGUUACAGAGAAAAAUCCAGCUGCUGGAGGGAGACAGAAGCGCGCAGUAUGAGAGCUCACAGAGUUUAAUAAAGAAGAACAGAGAGAAAAUCCUGCAGCUCAGACAGGAGAAUAAACUCCUACACCGGAAACUGGCCGAGACGCUUGCGGGAGAUGAGCAGGUCAUCAGGGACGUUUUCCAAUCCCGCAGCUCAGAGAAAGCUGCCUACAGGAACAUGUCCGGGAAGGAAGUGGUGCAGGUUCUGGAUCAGAAAGUGUGUGAUAAAGUGAAGAAGUUGAACGCACUGAAACACAUGACGAACACACAGCGCCACCGUCUGGAAGAACUGAACACUGACUACAACACCCUGAGAGAAACCAGACCAGGACUGCUGAUUGAUGGGGUCGCCAUGAACCUGCGUGUGUUGGAGAACCGGUUAGAAAAAGCACAACUGAAAUGUCAGGAGGCCGAACACAUCAUGAAGAGCUACCAAAAACUAAAGGAGCACCUGCAGGAGGAGAGUCUAACGUUCCAGUCUCAGUUAGAUGAGUUGGAGAAUGAGAUUAUUCUACAGAAACAGGAGCUCAGAGAUCUACAGCUAAUGAACAACAACGCACAUCAGGCCAAAGACGCAGCCAAGGCGGAGCUACAGCAUCAGGAGUUGAUGGUGUACGGUGAGAGGAGCGAGAGAGAGCUCACCCUGAACCGCUACAAAAAACAAGCAGAGGAACAAAAAGCACAAACUGACAGGGGGGAACGCCGAACCCAGAGGGUGGUGCUGCACACAGACGAGUUGAGUAGUGAAGCCCAGGGCAGUGGAGUAGCAGAAGGAGAGAACGACAAAACCAUCUCCAGCUUCGAGGAGGCUUUCCAACGCAUCACAGAGGCUACAGGAGUCACUGACAUACAGAAGGUGGUGGAAAGGUUCAUAUCUCAGCGUGACUCUCACACACAACUGGAGCAGCUGAAGGUGCAGAACGAGCGUGAGCUUCAGCGGCUAAAGGAGGAGAGAGACACAGUACACACUCAGUACCAGGACAUGAAGUACUCAGGGGAGACCAAACUGACCCAUGGGAGGAGGAUGUUGGAGGAGUGUGAGUCUCAGUUACAUAGGGAACAGCAGAGACGUGAUGCAGCUAAAGAGACUCUGGACAGAAUCACACACACACUGAACACUGUGAGCAACGCUGUGGAGCAUCUGUAUGACAAACUUCAGCACAUCACACUGCAGGAUGCCCCUGUGCAGCGAGAGUGUGUGUCUCCUCUGCCUGUGUUGGAUCUGAUGCAGGAGGCGGAGCUGAAACUGAUGAAGCUGCAGGACAAACUACAGGGAUGUGAUGUACACACACUCAUCAAGGAGAUGGAGGAGCAGGAGUUCCAUGCCAGCAUUGAGGGAAAGCUUCCUGACUACAACACUCGCAUCACACUGCCGGAUUAUCAGAGAGCCGACCUGUACGAAGAAGAGGACAACAGCUGGGAAGAUGAUGGUGAUGUUGUCACUCGGACGUCCCUCAAACGCCAGUCGCAGCUCAUCAUCGACUCGAGGACGAAGAGGAAGACUCGCCUGAGGAAGAGGAAGAGCAAACUGUGACCUUUCACCCCAUUUCACCUCAUUUCCUCUUUCAUUUUACAUGAUUAGUAACAUAAUAAAAUAUAAUUCAAUUAUUAUUAGGUUAUUAAAUAAAAACACAUGUAGCUCUUUCACUUCUCGUCACCUGUAGGGAUGAUGAUGUCAGCAUGGUGUAUUAUCACUGUAUAUCGUGUAGCAGAUAAACACACCUGAUACACAUAGAAUACAGUGCAUCCAGAAAGUAUUCACAGCGCUUCACUUUUUCCACAUUUUGUUAUGUUUUGUUUUUGUUAUAUUCCAAAAUGGAUUAAAUUCAUUAUUUUCCUCAAAAUUCUACAAACAAUACCCCAUAAUGACAACGUGAAAGAAGUUUGUUUGAAAUCUUUGCAAUUUUAUUAAAAAUUAAAAAACAAAAAAAGCACAUGUACUCACAAGCUUUGCUCACAGCCUUUGCUCAAUACUUUGUUGAAGCACCUUUGGCACCAAUUACAGCCUGAAGUCUUGUUGAGUAUGAUGCUACAAGCUUGGCACACCUAUUUUUGGGCAGUUUCUCCCAUUCUUCUUUGCAGGACCUCUCAAGCUCCAUCAGGUUGGAUGGGGAGCGUCGGUGCAGAGACAUUUUCAGAUCUCUCCAGAGAUGUUCAAUUGGGUUCAAGUCUGGGCUCUGGCUGGACCACUCAAGGACAUUCACAGAGUUGUCCUGUAGCCACUCCUUUGUUAUCUUGGCUGUGUGCUUAGGGUCGUUGUCCUGUUGGAAGAUGAACCUUCACCCCAGUCUGAGGCCCAGAGCGCUCUGGAGCAGGUUUUCAUCAGGGAUGUCUCUGUACAUUGCUGCAUUCAUCUUUUCCUUGAUCCUGACUAGUCUCUCAGUUCCUGCCGCUGAAAAACAUCCCCACAGCAUGAUGCUGCCACCACCAUGCUUCACUGUAGGGAUGGUAUUGGCCAAGUGAUAAGUGGUGCCUGGUUUCCUCCUGACAUGACGCUUGCCAUUCAGGCCAAAGAGGUCAAUCUUUGUUUCACCAGACCAGAGAAUUUUGUUUCUCAUGUCGUGAGAGUCCUCCAGGCGGGCUGUCAUGUGCCUUUUUCUGAGAAGUGGCUUCCAUCUGGCCACUCUACCACACAGGCCUGAUUGGUGGAGUGCUGCAGAGAUGGUUGUUCUUCCGGAAGGUUCUCUUCUCUCCACAGAGACACUCUGGAGCUCUGUCAGAAUGACCAUCAGGUUUUUGGUUACCUCCCUGACUAAGGCCCUUCUCCCCCGAUCGCUCAGUUUGACCAGGUGGCCAGCUCUAGGAAGAGUCCUGGUGGUUCCAAACUUCUGACAUUUACAGAUGAUUGAGGCCACUGUUCUUAUUGGGACCUUCAAUCUGUGCCUCGAUAAAAUCCUGUCUCGUUGGUCUACAGACAAUUCCUUGGACUUCAUGGCUUGGUUUGUGCUCUGACAUGCAUUGUUAACUGUGGGACCUUAUAUAGACAGGUGUGUGCCUUUCCAAAUCAUGUCCACUCAACUGAAUUUACCACAGGUGGACUCCAAUCAAGUUGUAGAAACAUCUCAAGGAUGAUCAGUGGAAACAGGAUGCACCUGAGUUCAGUUUUGAGUGUCAUGGCAAAGGCUGUGAAUACUUAUGUAGAUGUGCUUUUUUUGUUUUUUAUUUUUAAUAAAUUUGCAAAGAUUUCAAACAAACUUCUUUCACGUUGUCAUUAUGGGGUAUUGUUUGCAGAAUUUUGAGGAAAAUAAUGAAUUUAAUCCAUUUUGGAAUAAGGCUGUAACAUAACAAAAUGUGGAAAAAGUGAAGCGCUGUGAAUAAUUUCUGGAUGCACUGUAUAUGUAAAUAAACACGCACUGUAAGAAUGUAGUUUAAUAAAGACAGUGUGGAUCAGGAUUCUCCAAACACACUCUCAUACACAUUGAGAGAGAGAAAGAGAGAGAAAACUAUAACCAGUUCCUCCACUUAUAUAGCUGCAUUAUUUAAUAUAUUAUACAUUUUCUCAGCAAUAAGACACCACAGACAUCGGACCUCAUUCAUCAGUUAAAGUCGUGUGUAAAUGUAUGUGUAAGCCAAAACAAAAUAAAAUUUUAUGCCAGAGUUACAAAA